CCCCACCAUAAACUCUUUCUUAAACUCUUAAGGAAACUUAGAAAAAUUAGCCCUGCUUACUUGAGGAAGGAAACGAAAUUUACGGCGGAUCUUCUGCGAUUGAGCUCUACUUCGCCAAUUGAGCUCUUGCGAAGCCGUCUCUUGCAAACCUCUACUUCUGCGGUCGAUCUAAACAAUACAUUCGUCCCAAAAUACAAGAACUAACAGCGUACUUUUCCUUUCUCAUCUCGACGCAGGGAAUUAGAAGCUAAUUUCAUGCGAUUAAAUUAUUCUUUCCAAAUAUCAGGUAUUGUUUCCUUUGUUAUAUAUGUUGAACGGCUUCAAUUGGUAAGUUUUGAUUGAUCUGUUUUCCUCCCAAUUUUUAGGGUUUUUAUUUGGUAUUUGAAUUAAUUUUAUCGAACAAUUCCAGUGCGUCAUUUGCUUGGUCGAUCCUCGAUCCCCGGCUUCAAUUGGGUGUAUGUUGAUCUCGUGUAAAAUUUCAGAACACGCUAUUGUAUUAAGAUAUUGUAUUAAAAUAUAAGAUAUUGUAUAUUGUAUUAAAAUUAAGAUAUUUAGACGAGAGAUAUUGUAUUAAAAUUUCAGAACACGCUACAAAUUUCAGAAAUUUACAAUCAUUUACUAAUAAAUUUUUUUAAAAGGGGAGAACUAUCCAUGCCUCUGUCCGAAGAAGCUUGGUGGGAACUUAUAAAGGAAGGUUGGACAUAUGUUUUCACUUAUUUUGGUAUAGGCAACAAUAGUGGAAAUUAUCACACAUCAAGGCAUAAAUUUCAUUGAAACUUCCAACCCAAUAACCACUGUCACUCAAUGUAGUUGUGAAAAAUUCUAUUGUAUGGAAUUCAGUUAUAUUCCAAGCUGAUUCAAACUAUCCAUACUUAGUCGGUAGUAUUCCUUCCAUUCCCCUUAUACUGUUGAGCUAUAGCCUAUAUUGAUUGGUCUACUAUAUUGAGCUAUAGUCCAAAAUAGUGAAAGAGUCCAAACGAAAAAAGGUCAUUAUCACGUUGAAAACAGGAGGGUAUUAUAUUAUUGCCUUAGUUUUAUAGAUCAAAAUCACAUAUAAUGCCUCAAAUGAUUUUUGAUGAAGGUUGUUUUAAACUUUGACAAAUUAGCAUGAAGUUGGAUGCUACCUUAUUUGGGGAGUAUUUGAAGAUGUUUAAAAGUUUCUUUGAUAAAUAGCCAUUGGAACAUGCGGUCAUUGUGAUCCAAUAUGCUAAGAUCAAAAUGUUUCAAGGUAUAAGUGACUUAAUGCACUACUACGUUCUUCAUAAUUCUUUUGAAUGAUUGUUAUUAACUAUAUUCGUUUAUUGGUCAUUUAAUAUUAAUCCAUUAUCAUCUCUUAUUCAUUUAGAACUACCCCUUGGUUAAAUGUAGGAAAUAUUAUUUUACAAAAUGGCAUGUUUGGGACCCGUCUAUUCUUGAAUCCAUAAAUUGGAAGAGACACGGGUUAUUGAAUUGCGACUGUUUUUUUAUUAAUUUAUGUUUGUCUUUUGGAAUUUCUUUACUACACGUGUAUGUUCUGUAUGAAAUAGCUAAUUCAUUCAAGGAGGACUUAGUAUUAUUGUACGGAGUAUUUAUUUGUGUUGGCCUAUAGUUGGAAGAUCAAGUCAUUGGAAGUAGGAGGUUGACGAGUUUAUAGUUUGGCUUCCCUUAUCCAGUGUUUAGUGUUUGUAGGAAGACUCUACUGUCAAACAAGGUUCGAACUUUGAAGAAUUGCAGGUAGACUAACAAUUCAAGGUGUUAAGAGAUUUAACCCUUUUUGGUGUGGGAAGGUGAGUGCAUAGUAGAGGGAGGAGAUGAUGGACCUAGAUAAUACUUUGUGAGUCAAGCACAAACAGGGGGAAUCGACAAUGGCAGAGCACAAGCUUAAAAUUUUUAUUGAGUUGGUUCUUUAACAAAGGUGGGCAGGAUGAUCGGUCAGUUUGUGAAGCCAAGGUCCGGCCCCUUUGAAGAAAAGGACAACAUGAAGCUUCCAAGUUACAGGAGAGACAAUGUUAAUGAAGAUGCUUUCGAUGGAAAUCAAGGAAUAUGGACCCAGAUAGGAUGAUUAAGGGCUAUACUCAAUCUGUGGCUGCAUUGAACCGUCUCAGGGCAUUUGCUACAAGAGUACAUAUGUGAUAUGAUACCAUGGGAUGCCAGAGCACGGGUUUAAAAACCUAUCCCCUGGCUUUGUGAUUCGAUGGUGUGCUGCGAAGGUACAACACCAAACAGAGGUCACGGACGAUAACAAAGGUGGAUCAAGUACUAGCAACCACUUAGAGCUGAACCAUCGUGAAUCUAACACCAAAUCCAGUAAUUUCAGUGUCAACUAGAGCUGAACCAUCUAAGAAUUCAACCCCAAAACAGGUUUGUUAAAUGAAGCCUCCUGAAUUUUUUUAUUUCCCAUGCAACAACUCAUGGAGAUUGAUGAAGAAGGGAGAAUCAUUGAACUCGCAAGGAAAUCAAAAGAGAACUAAAAUCUAUGAAGGUGAACAAAGAAAAAAAAGAGUUGUUCAAUAGUAAGUGUAACUAAUGGGGUUUUAGUUCUAAACUAUUCAAUAAAGAUUAAGAAAUAUCCAUUGAUAUACUCUGUUUUAUACCACCAUUCUAGGUCUUGAUGAAGAGGGAGCUAAAAGCAUUACAUUCCAAGCAUGGGAAUCUAUAUAGAUAGCAAAGAUGUAAUGAUUAGUUUACUACGAGAUAUGUUCCAAGGAGCUAAUGAUUUUGGAAAUGAAGUUAUUUUUGGAUUGAGAGUAUGUGCCUUCCCUCUCUCUCAAAAUCAUUAUGCAAAGUUGUGUUUUAUAACAUAUAUUUGUAGAAAAUUUGCAACAUAUAUUUAUAGAAGCAUUAGUAAUGGGAGAUAUAUUGAUUAGUGAUUCCAUUUACUCACUGUCAAUACAUGCACGUUCAACCUUAUUUGUUUGAUGGGUUACUAGAAAGACAUUGAUAGAAUUGAUGCAUUUUAUAAUAUGCCAAUUUGGGGAUUUGAGAGAGACCAAUGAAACAUUUCAGCAGUGUAGACUGCUUUCUCAAUCAAUGCUUUUGCUUGAU